AUGGCAACAAAAUCUGUUCUUCUCGUCGGCGCCAAUGGCACCUUGGGCGCCAAGAUCCUUGACGCUCUCGUCGCCUCCAAAUCCUUUAAACUCAGCGUUUUGAAGCGAGCGGGGUCACAAAGCACCCCCUGGUAUCCUCCUGACCAAGUGCACGUCAUUGAAGUUGACAAUGACCUCUCAUUCGAGGGAUUAAAGAGGGCUUUCACUGGGCAGGACGCCGUCAUCGUCAGUUUUCGCCUGCGCAACCUUGACCAGCACCUCCGCAUCGCUGAGGCCGCGGAGGCUGCGGGCGUGAGGCACUUCAUCCCCGCCGAUUUCGGCAGCAUUGACGCCGAUAACCCCCGCGCUCGGGAACUCAUCCCGCUCUACCGCUACAAGCUCGCCGUGCGACAAAAGGCACAGGAGCUGGCGGACAAGAAUGACAACUUUGCCUGGACUGGCAUUGUUUGCGGCCAUUUCUUCGACUGGGGCAUCAGGGAAGGCUUCUUGCACGCCUAUCUGGACCGAAAGACGAUUGACAUCAUCGACGGCGGCAACCUUAAAGCAUCCGCCGCAACGCUGCCUCGAGUCGGUGAGGCAGUGGUACGCAUCCUCAAGAAGGGCGUGACUGAGGAGACAAAGAACAAGACGCUGUUCAUUCAGAGCUUCUGCAUCACCCAGCAGGAGCUCAUUAAGAGCCUGGAGAAGGCGACAGGGGCGAAAUGGACAGUAAACGAUGUCGAUUCCGAAAAGUUCAUCGCAGAGCACAAGGAAAAGGCGGAUGCAGGCGACCCCGAAGCCAUCGAGGACCUUGUUUUCGCUGUCGGUACAUUGGAUGCUGACUGGACAAAACGCCCUGAUUUCGCGAUGAAGACUCUUGGUUUCGAGGAUGAAGAUCUAGAUGCUGUGAUUGCAGACAUUGUAGCUAAUCCUACCGGCCAGUAA